UCAAAAGGGCGCGUGACGUCAAGCGCUCGCGCGGAAGUACCGAGGAUUGGAAAAUAGAGGUUAUGCUGCAUAGAGCACAGCGGGUGAAGGAGACGUUUACCUGUAAAUACAAGUACAGCCAUGAGCUGAGGCUCCCCAAACCCGCCUUUCUCAAUGAUGAACGACAAACUGGUGUUCCUGGGUCUCCUUUACUUCAUCCAGGGUAUUCCGUAUGGCCUGCAGUCGUCUUUGCUCCCGGUGUACCUGCGCGGUGCCGGCCACUCCCUCACCCGCAUCAGCCUCACCAAAGUCCUCUAUUUCCCCUGGGUGCUCAAGGUAAUCUGGGCCCCUCUGGUGGACCGGACUGGCACCAAACGCUGCUGGUUAGUGGGCACAGUGGCUGGUCUGGCUCUCACCUGUUUGGUGAGCGCCACCAUCUCACCUGAUGUUCAGUACAUGGGCGUAGCGGGCUCCCUGCUCGCUAUGAACGUGCUGGUAUCAGUGCAGGACAUUGCGGUGGACGGAGCGGCCGUGCGGCUGCUCAGGGGGCAGGGGGAGCUGGGCCUGGGAAACACAGUGCAGGUGGUGGGGUAUAAAGCUGGCUCUGUGUUUGCUGGAGGGGGGCUCCUGGCUGUCAUAGAUGUUGCAGGCUGGGGCUGGAUGUUUGCACUGCUGGCCUGUGUUUACGGCGGUGUUGCUCUGUUCGUGUGGGGAGCGCCGGUGUUGGAUGGAGAGUCGGCGCGGGGACAGGGAGAAGGACGGAGAGGGUCAAAGGAUGUGAUGCAACCCUGGAAGGUGUGGAGGAAGCUCAUGUCUGUGCCAGGAACGCCAUGGACGAUGUUCUACGUUCUCACUUACAAGCUAGGUGAACAGGGGGCCAUCACCAUGUUUCCUCUCUUCUUGCUGGACCACCACAUGACGGCCAGAGAGCUCGGGGUGUGGAACGGGGUGGUUGCCAUGGCUUUUUCCAUUUGUGGCUCAUCAGUCGGGGGUUUCUUGCUCUCUCAGUACAGUAUUGGCAUGCUAAUGAGACGUGUGUUUAUGAUGCGGACUGUCAGCAUGGUCUUUCAGAGCUCACUUCUCGUGGUGCUGGAGCCCUCGCCCUUGAUGAAAGGUAUGGCAGUGCUGAGUCUGAGUUUGCAGCAUUUCAUAGCGGGUCUCAUCACCACUCUGACGUUCACCACGAUGAUGAACUGCACACAGAGAGCUGAGGAGAGCAUACAGGCCACCCACUACAGUUUUCUGGCCACACUGGAGGUCCUGGGGAAACUGAGUUUUAGUGCCCUGGCUGGAGGUAUGGUGGACACUGUGGGCUUUCCCAUAGCCUUCAUCCUCUUUCUCUUCCUCACCUCCAGCAGUGCCCUGCACGUGUGGAGAGCCACAGAGACUGGCGUCCUGAAGGAGCAGCUCAAAGAGCAGCCACAGUGACCAGAGUUAGCCUAUGAGAGAAUGCGUAUGUCUGGGUGAGAGAGGGAAAUCAAGUCUUAUGUUUUGCAUAAGAUACUGGUGACCAAAUAGCCAGUGAAAUGAUUAUGUUGUUUUUAUUUGUAUUUAUUUCUAACUCAACCAGCAUUGAUGUGACAAGAGCCACACAAGCACUCUCACUGUAAGCCAGUACCUCUCUGAAAAACACUGCAAAUGCUACAUUGCAACUCUACAGUAAAUUAGCUUUAAAGGUACUUGCUUUUCAUUAACAAGUCAUUCUGAAUGGCAAACGGACUGAACUAUGGCAACACUGUGCACAUGUCGUCUAGUCUGCCUGAAGGACAACAGUCAAUCAUUUAAACGACAAAAGGUGGUUAAACUAUUACAUUUGAUAUACAAUAACAACAAUUUUACUGGUUACAAAAUAACAUAUAAUGGUCUAGUCUAGUUUGGUUUAGUUAUACAUCCUAGUCAUUUGAACGUUUCAUUAUAUACAGCAUGCAUUCGCCUUAGAAAUGCCUUUAGUUUUUAAUCUGAUGCCCUCUGACACCUUAGAUACAAUUCCAUCAGCUUAUUGACCAAUCAGCAACACUUUUUGGGGCAGUAUUAAUAUUAAAUUGCUACUAUGCUUAGUGGAGUGCAUUUUUGUAUUCUAAAUGCAAUACUUAAAUUAAAGGGGUCAUAUCAUUGAAUGUUCAUAUUUCAUUUAUUAUAGGUGUAUGACGAAAUAGCGCUGUACCUUUUUACAGUAUUAUUCAUUGACUCCCAUAUGGUGUUUAGAGACUUUAUUCAAAAGUACUGCUACAAAAGAAUGAAUAAAUAAAGAGUUAAAGCCUUGGUUAUUUCCUGGCUGUGAAGGAAAGUCCUCAUCCUUCCCAGUAUUAUUAGGAAAAGCGGUCCAGCAGCGAAUGUGAUCAAACUGUUUUAUAUUUGACACAUCAAGAUGGUCUUUAACAUCUUAAAGCCGCAUCAGCAAAAAUCAAGGGCCGCAGACGGUCAUGAAAAACUUAAUCAGGACUGUUUUGAUGCAGAAAACUUGUCUAGCAUUGUAAAUGGACCUCAGGGAAAAAAAAUUGAAAUUGUAUGAUAUGACCCCUUUAAUGGAUAUGAAUACUGUACAUUGUAACAGUUAAACUCAUCAAGCUCAUUUUUUGAGCCGAUACAUGUUUGUUUGAAACGUUUGUUUUUUGUAUGAGUUGUCUGCAUUUCCUAUGCAAUAACACAAUUAUUCACGGUUAUUACAUACAACUUUACUACUCAUAUAUAAUAAAACUGUCAAUUGCCUUAUUAUUAUUUUAAUGACUGCAAAGCCAAAACAUGUUGAGAUAUUGUUGAGACUAUGUAGGCAUACACGCUGGAUGUCAGUUUAGGAGGGGAAUUCAAUUUCAGUUGCAAAAAAAAACUAAACUAAACAAAAAAACAAAUCAUCAAAUGAAACCGCAGCUAUACAUGUGUAUAGUGCAGUUACAAUAUAUAUUGUCCAUUCCUGUUGAAAGCAGAAUAGCUUUUUUUUUUUAUUAUACUCAAUACAUUAUAGUAUAAUACAAUAAUGUAGCCAAGUCUUCUUUUUGCAUUUGUUUUGUUGGACAAAUAGAUACAGAUGGUCCCAAUGAAAUACUACAUUUUAAAAAUGGUUACAAACUGAACUCUUAUAAGUGGAAAAGCUAUGGUUAUUUUGUCAUUAAAUCAUCUGAUAAGCAAAGCCCUUAACAAACAAGCCAUUUUUUGCCAUUUUAGCUUGAACUAAAGGAUAAAAGAUCAAAAUAAAAGACAAAAAUAAAAUAUAUUACC